UCAUAAAUACCUUCCCCGCUCGGGGAGUCGUCUAUUCCGCCAUUGUCGACAAGCAGUGCUUAUCAUUUCUGCAGCGAUCGAUCCUUCUCCAGAGAAAGGAAAAAAUCAGAAAGAAAGAUCUAUCUCUAGUGUUAGGGUUUUUCUCUCUCCGCAAAUUAAUCCCAGAGAAGAAAGCGAUAAAAAGUGGCAGAUCUAGGGUUAGGGUUUUCUCUUUCGAGAGCUCGGAUUUUGGUCUUCUUUCCAUUCACUACCAUCAACAACACCUUCAGAUUCCGCACCAGGGAAGUCUAGGGAUAGGGUUUGGGUUGGGGUUUUUUCUUUUUCUGGAAUGUCAAUGGCAGCAGCCACCGCGCAGGCUGGCUAUGGCGCCCUCCCCACCACAUCAUCCGCAUCGACCUCCUACACCACGUUCAUCUCCCGUACGAAGGAGAAAGGCAAAUCGGUCAUCGCGACGUGCAAGCCAUGGCGCGUUCUUUUCGAUCCGUCCUCCUUUGUCCGUCCCCCCUCCUACGGUGAGGCGCAUGUCCGAAUCAGACUCAAUCUCGGCUACUUCCGUGUGAACUACGCGAUCAUUGUCUUGUUGAUCCUCUUCUUGAGCCUUUUGUGGCACCCGAUCUCGAUGAUCGUGUUUCUGAUAGUCUUCGUGGCGUGGUUCUUCCUCUACUUCUUCCGUGAUAGUCCGAUUGUUAUCUUCAACCGCACAUUCGAUGAUCGUGUGGUCCUGAUCGUGCUGAGCAUUGUCACAAUCGUCGCCCUCGUUUUUACUCAUGUGGGAUUGAAUGUGCUGGUUUCACUUAUAAUUGCAGCUGUGGUUGUGUGCUUGCACGCGGCAUUUAGGGUUACUGAUGAUCAGUUUCUAGACGAGCAGGAAGCUGCAGAUCAAGGAUUGAUUUCCGUUGUCGGUAGCCCAAUGCUUCACUCUUUUGGCAGUGGGUAGUCUGUUCAAUGUGGUUGCUCACUGUGAUCUCGGAACGAUUUCAUUUUUUGGAUCGUCCAGGAUUUGAUUUGAAAUGGGUUGCUUGGGAUCUUAUUGGUUCAAUCAGCAUCUAUGGGAGCUUCCGAAUUUCACUGCCUGUCAGUGAUUUUAAGGUGCAAGGUUUUCAAUUACCAGUUUUCUUGUAUUUGUUCGUAUGGAAGGUUUAUGCUUUUUUGAAGGAAUUUCUUUUUCUGUGUAUCAUGCUAACUUAUGAAUGGAAUUUUGCUUGGAUUUUCAUGAAUUGAGGCCGUCUGUUUUUUUCUCUUCA